AUGGCACCGACAACUCGUAGAUUGCACGAUAUGUACUCAUCAGGCGCUGUAGCAGGUAUUGCGAUAGGUAGUGCCUUCGCCAGCGCAGCUAUCGUUUCCGCCGUGUUGCUGUUAUUAUUACGCCGCAGUCGACCAACUCUGAAGCUAACAACAACUCCGAGCCGACCGCCGCAUCUUCGAUGGAUACCGCGUCUUGAAUAUGUGCAUGACCAUUUCCUGCAGCCAAUCGGCCACAAUGAACUUGAAAGAAAUUUUUCCUCUUUAGAAUUACACCUCAAAACCUUUGUCUACAACUACUUUCACACUCAACCGGUUGAUGCAACAACCGCGGAUACCAACAAGAUACAUGCCAUGCUAGGCGUAGCCGAUAAUCACUCCAGCAGCCAGUGGCCAACUCGAUUAUGCAACACUGGUCGUGAUCGACAAUUUGCGCUUAGAGCAUACAUUGCGAGAGUCCUCUGGGCUCGAGCCAACCCGCGAGGUCUAGUAGAAACGACCUUUCUUCCCGUCGAUAUGUUGCACUUAGACCGGCCACUUGUUCUAGAGACCUGGCGCGCUGCGACUGCUACCAUUCUAUCAGAUAAGUACCCACGAGAUAAGCUGGCAGAAGGUGACCCACGCACCGGCAAUAUCAAGAGAACAGUGGCUGACCUCUUGGAUGCUCUGCAACCUUUCCGGAUUCAAGAAAGAGAAGAGAACUCUAUACUUGUUUUAGAGGAGCUGGUGGGGAGAUUUGCGGUUCUAGGAUUCAGACUCUUCUCAAACCUAAGUACCACUGAGGUUGUAUGGCCCCCUUCGUCAGCUACCCAAGUGGUUCUCUUCCCUGCUUUGAUACAGUAUCGUGUUGUUGACGGAUAUCGCAUUGUCACCAUCAAAGAAGCAAUCACCAAAGAAGUAAAGAAGUAACUUUUCAUUGAGUACCCAAGUACUUUCGUUACUUUCUAAGAAUUAGGAGUAGAGUUGCCAUGAUUAGUCUAAUAAUUUACCGCGUGAUUAUGUCGAGUUGUGGUGAUGGUCAGAAGAGAGUAUUCCACCAUAACUAUCUAAGAAGCUGUC